AUGGCCACAGUUAAUUCUAUUGAAGAUGAAGCAGAACUUCAAAAAAUGUUAAAUGCAGCAAAAGAUCCUGACGAACGUAAAGUUAUUCGUACACGAUUAUUAGCAGUAAAGAAAAUAAAUAGUGAAAAACGUGAAAAAGAACGACUUCAACGUGAACAACGUCGCGAUGAAGAUAUCAAACGACGUAAUCAAGCUCAAAUGGAAGAAAAUAUGCAACGUAUGCAAGUAUUCGAAGAAACAGCAAAAAGUUUUGGUACUAAACUUGAAACACAAGCGGAUAAAUUAAAAGAACAAGCACUUAAAGAUAAACAAGCUUAUAUUGAAAAGGACCGAAAAGCUGAAAUAGCUCGUAUGGAAGUAGCAGCUAAACAGCAUAUAUCAGCUCACAUAGGAGAAGAUCGUAUUGAGGCAUUGACAAAACAACGUCAACAAUGGGCUGUUGAAGAUAGAAAUGUUGAGGAUAAAAAUCUCAAAGAUUUAUCAAAAUUUACAAAAAAUACAAUGGCUAAGGAAUAA